AUGAAUCCAACUGAUGGGGAAGAUAUUCCUGUCCUUCCCAUAGUUGGGAUCGGAGGUAUUGGGAAAACUACCCUUGCCCAAUUGGUGUUUAACGAGGAGAGUGUGAAGUCGCAUUUUGAAUUGAGAAUCUGGGUGUGUGUUACAGAGGAUUUUGACAUCAAACAACUGAUGAUAAAAAUCAUUAAAUCUGCCACUGGUAUGAACUGCAAGGACAUGAAUAAGGAGGAAUUACAUAAAGUUUUACAAGAUUGUUUGAAUGGUAAAAGAUUUUUUAUGGUACUAGAUGAUGUCUGGAACGAGGACAAGAAGAAAUGGAGUGAGCUGAAAGAUUUGUUGUGUGGGGGAGCGCAAGGGAGUAAAAUCAUUAUCACAACUCGUAGCCGCAAAGUGGCUACAAUCACAGGCACAAUCCCCCCGUACGAUUUAGAGCAUCUUUCUGAUGAGAAUUGUCUAUCAUUGUUUCUUAAACUUGCCUUUAAAGAAGGUGAAGAGAAACAACAUGACAAUCUUGUAAGAAUCGGGGAAGGAAUUGUUCAAAAAUGCAAAGGGGUUGCUUUGGCCGUGAAGACUUUAGGCGGCCUACUCUGUUCAACAAGGGUACAACAUGAUUGGGAACUUGUGAGAGAUAGUGAACUAUGGAAGUUGAAACAGGAGGAAAAUGACAUCUUGCCUGCUCUAAAACUAAGUUAUGAUCAUUUGCCCUGGUAUUUAAAGCAAUGUUUUGCUUUUUGUUCAGUUUUUCCAAAAGAUUUUGAAUUCAGUCAUCUCCUUUUGAUCUCCCUUUGGAUGGCAAAUGGCUUUUUGCAAUCACCAUACGAAAAUGAAGAGCCAGAAGAUAUUGGGAAUCGGUAUAUACAAGAGUUACUAUCAAGAUCUUUCUUCCAAAAAGUUGAAGAUGAGAUUUUUUUUUCCACCUUGAAAAUGCAUGAUUUAGUACAUGAUCUUGCAUUAUCAGUGGCGCAAAAUGAGGUGAACUCAUGUAACCAUUAUUCGACUGGGAAUGUUCGACAUUUAUGGUUUGAUCUAUCGAAGCAGGAUGCUUCCCAGUUGCCAAAUAACUUGGGUUGUCUGCAAUCACUUUUCUUAUUAGAUGAAGAAGACAAGGCUGAUAGCGAAUCUCUUAUUGCAGAAGUCAUCUCAAGGUCUAAACAUUUGAGGGUGUUAGAUUUGUCUAACUGCAGUUUAGAGCAAUUGCCAAACAACAUACGUUAUUUAAAGCAGUUGAGAAAUUUGAACGUAGCCUACAAUGGAAAUAUAAAAAGACUUCCAAAUUCCAUUUGCAAUUUGCAGAGUUUGCGAACACUUAACCUUCUUGGAUGUAGGGGAAUUGAAGAGUUACCAAAAGACAUAAGGUACCUGAUUAGCCUUAGAUCAUUAAUGGUAACAACAAAACAGACGCGUUUGCAAGAGAAUGGAAUAUCGUGCCUAACUUCUCUUCGGAUGUUGAUCUUUUAUGAGUGCGAAAAUUUAGAAAAAUUGUUUGAAGACAUUCAAAACCUAACAGCCCUUCGGGAAUUAAUCAUAGUUGACUGCAACAACUUGGUUUCAUUGCCACGAGAUUUAAAAUACCUAACUGCAUUAGAAAUUUUGAUAAUUUGGGAUUGCGAAAAGCUUGAUGUCACUGUGGAGGAGUUGAAACUUGAGAGGAAAGAAGAUGGUAGUCUCCGGAAACUGGCGAUUGGAGGAGUGCCAAAGCUGGAGUCACUACCCCAGUGGAUUCUUCUAGGAUCCGCCAAAACAUUGCAGCACUUGUGGAUCAGAGAAUUGGAGAAUCUCUCGACGUUACCAACAUGGUUCCAACAUCUCACAUCGCUUCAAACUCUUGAAAUUGAUGAUUGUCCAAAGCUGUUGUUUCUGCCCGAAGGGAUGCAACACCUCACUGCACUAAAAAGAUUAAGGAUUGAAAGGUGUCCAAAAUUAAGCAAAAGAUGUAUUAAAGAAACCGGUGAAGACUGGCCUAAGAUUGCUCAUAUCCUUGACUUUUAUUGUGACGAAAUAGAUGACAAAUAGAUAGGUUCAAUGCCUCAAUUUAAUGUUAUGAGAGAGUUAUCCAUGGGGGAAUAUUUCCGCGAUAAUGGAGCGGGAUCAGACUUUCCACAAGAUAGCAUCCCGUUCUAACAUAAUUUAUUUAUAUAUUAAAGUGGCAGGUUAAAUUAGAGGACGUUGAAGUUGUCUUGGAUUCAUUCUUUUAUAUAUUAAAGUCUUUAUGUUAUUCGAUUUCCAUAUUUGUAAUUUGAUUUAUAUCAAAGACCAUUUAUAUAAUAAUUUGAAUCAUUUUAUAUUUAAGUGUAA